AUGGCAACAGGGGAUUCAAGCAACCUCAUGAAGAAAAGAACCUUGGUGAAGGGCAUGGCAACUCCGAGCAAGGCAGGGAUCCCAUUCGGUGCCACGAAGGUGUUAGAUCCAGGCCAGUUAAAGCCUGAUAGCAUGGAGACAGAAAGAAUCCUGACUGUCUUGGAUGAGACCAUUGUUAAGCUGGAGAUCACCAGGCUGAUCCUAUGGAUUAUUGGCUCCCUGGAGAGGUAUGCUAGGAUGCUGGGACCUGAGAUCACAAGCAGCCUUGUGGAGCAUCAGAAGCUUUCAAUGGAAGUACAGCACCUGCUCUCCAGCCCUGGAGAUGAGGAGAGCAGGAGAGCUGUGGAGCAGCGCCUGAAAUGUUCCCUGAGAAACAUCUUGAGGCUCUUCCUGGCCAACCCCUUGCUUUACCACGGACUGAAAUACGAAGUUCGGGUGAGAGAGUCACCAGCUGAUGUGUUUGUCAAAGCCUUUGUGGAAUUCCGGGAUUUCACGCUUGAGAGGCUCCUGACCAGUCCUGAUGAAGAGAAGGAAAAGAUUCGAUUCAUGGAAGACAUUUCCCUUGAGGUUGAGAAAAACACAGAAAUUAUCUCAGCUCUACAGGAAGAGCUCGCAUUAGCCAUCCAGACUCGAGAUGAGGAGGUUAACAGGAAGGACAAAACGAUUGAAAACCUCAAAACCAGCAUGGAAAAUCUGGCCAAGAGCUGCAAGGCUGACAUCAAGCAGAUCAUGAAGGAAGGAGAAAAGCAGCAAAAAGAGGAUGAGAAAGCCUCCCAGGACAGGUGUGCCAGGCUGGAGCAGGACAUUCAGCGGCUGGGAGCACACUUCAAUGCACUGGUGCUGAAGCAUCGAGCCUCAGAGCUGGUUCUCAGGAAGGAAAAGUGCAAAGUGGAGAUGGAAAUUCAGAAAUGGGUCCAGAAAUACGACACAGACAUGUCAGAAAAACAGGCUGCCUAUGAGGAGCUCCAGGCUGCCUACAAGGAGGAGAAGGAACAGUUGUCCCUGCUGAUGGAGAAACACGCGCUGCUGCUCCAGGAGUACACUGAGAUUGAGGAGGAGCGCAGGAUGCUUAAGGAGAAGGAGGAGGAAGCUGCACAGGAAGAGGCCAGGAGGAACGAUGCUGCCACCUGCAUCCAGGCCUUCUGGAAAGGCUACUUGGUGCGCUCCAUCUACAAGUCAAAACUGAAGAAGGGCAAGGGCAAAGGCAAGGGCAAGAAAUAA